UCGUGGACAUCGCCGCCUUGUUUAGGGUUUCUCCCUCUCGCCCGCUUCUUGUUCUUCUUCUCCUCCUCCUCGGGUCGAUCGAAGGGUUAGGGUUCGUGAGGUAGAGAGGAAGGCUGCGACGCGAUGGGAGUGCCGGCGUUCUAUCGGUGGCUCGCGGAGAAGUACCCGAUGGUGGUGGUGGAUGUGGUGGAGGAGGAGCCGGUCGAGAUCGAGGGCGUCAAGGUCCCCGUCGACACCUCCAAGCCCAACCCCAAUGGCCUCGAGUUCGACAACCUCUACCUCGACAUGAACGGGAUCAUCCACCCCUGCUUCCACCCCGAGGACCGGCCUGCUCCUACAACCUUCGAUGAAGUCUUCCAGUGCAUUUUUGAUUAUAUUGACAGACUGUUUGUCAUGGUCCGCCCCCGGAAGCUUCUAUAUAUGGCAAUUGAUGGUGUUGCACCAAGAGCUAAGAUGAACCAGCAGCGCUCUAGACGAUUCAGGGCAGCGAAAGAUGCAGCUGAUGCGGCAGCAGAAGAAGAAAGGCUGCGUCAAGAGUUUGAAAGUGAGGGCAGAAAGCUCCCUCCUAAACAGGAAUCACAAGUUUUUGAUUCGAAUGUUAUUACCCCUGGGACUGAAUUCAUGGCUGUUUUAUCAACUGCACUGCAGUACUAUAUACAUCUUCGGCUAAAUUAUGACCCUGGUUGGAAACGAAUAAAAGUUCUCCUUUCUGAUGCAAAUGUUCCUGGUGAAGGGGAACACAAAAUUAUGUCAUACGUCCGGCUUCAACGAAAUUUACCUGGUUAUGAUCCAAAUACUCGACACUGUCUUUAUGGAUUGGAUGCGGACUUGAUCAUGUUAGCUUUGGCCACACAUGAGGUGCACUUUUCAAUCUUGAGAGAGAUUGUUUUCACUCCCGGGCAGCAGGACAAGUGCUUCUUGUGUGGUCAGAUGGGCCAUUUAGCAGCAAAUUGCCAAGGGAAUGCUAAAAGAAAAUCUGGAGAGUUUGAUGAGAAGAGUGAAGAUGUUUCUGUUGCAAAAAAGCCUUACCAGUUCCUUAACAUUUGGACUCUUCGAGAAUAUCUGGAAUAUGAAUUCAGAAUCCCUAAUCCUCCUUUUGAAGUUGACUUUGAGCGCAUAGUUGAUGAUUUCAUCUUCAUAUGUUUCUUUGUUGGAAAUGACUUUCUACCCCACAUGCCAACUUUGGAAAUUCGAGAGGGUGCCAUAAAUUUGUUAAUGGCUGUAUACAAGAAGGAGUUUAUGGUGAUGGGUGGUUAUUUGACAGACUCGAGCACGCCCAACUUGAGCAGAGUUGAACAUUUUAUCCAGGCUGUAGGGUCCUAUGAGGAUAAAAUAUUCCAGAAAAGGUCUCGUUUGCAUCAGCGUCAGGCAGAAAGAAUUAAGCGUGAAAAGGCUCAAAUAAAAAGAGGAGAUGAUAUUGAUCCUCAAGUGAGGACCGAUCUUAUAGUUCCUGUUACUCGUUUUCAAGGUUCGCGGCUCGCAUCUGGUGCUUUGCCUUCACCAUAUCAACAAAUAGGUUCUUCGUACAAUUUGGAAAGCACAGUAUCUAUGAGAAGAGAAAAUCAAGUAGGCCGAUCUACCGGUGCCAUGCCAGUUGACAUCCAGACUAGUCGAUCUAGAACAUACGACAGCAAAGGGGUUAACGACCGAGCCCGAAAAAUUGCACGGCUUUCUUCUUCUGGAGCAACUAUCGGUGCAGCCAUUGUUGAGGCUGAGAACAGUUUUGAAGUAGAAAUCUGUGAAAAUAGGGAGGAAUUGAAGACAAAGCUUAAGGAAUUGCUUAAGGAGAAGUCUGACCUUUUUAACUCUGAAAAUCCAGUGGAGGACAAGGUAAAACUAGGAGAGCCGGGAUGGAAAGAUAGAUACUAUCAAGAAAAGUUUUCUGCAAAAUAUCCUGAGGAAAUUGAAGCAAUUCAAAAAGAUGUUGUUUUAAGGUACACUGAAGGCUUAUGCUGGGUCAUGCAUUAUUAUUAUGAGGGAGUUUGCUCAUGGCAAUGGUUUUAUCCAUAUCAUUAUGCUCCUUUUGCUUCUGACAUGAAGGAUCUGGGUGGCUUGAACAUAAGCUUUAAGCUUGGUUCACCUUUCAAACCAUUUGAUCAGUUAAUGGGGGUGUUUCCAGCUGCAAGUGCACAUGCACUUCCUAUACAUUAUAGGAGAUUGAUGUCAGAUCCAACAUCACCAAUUCUGGAUUUCUAUCCAACUGAUUUUGAGGUGGAUAUGAAUGGAAAGAGAUUUUCUUGGCAGGGUAUCGCCAAGCUGCCUUUUAUAGAGGAAAUUCGCUUACUGUCUGAAAUUAAAAAAGUGGAGCAUACUUUAACGGAAGAGGAGGCACGUCGAAACAGCAUAAUGUCCGACAUGCUUUUUGUGAAUGUUUCUCACACACUUUCUCCAUACAUAUUCUCUCUGACAAGCAGGUUCUCACAUUUGUCUGCCAAGGAACUGGCUGAAGUGAAAGAGAAACUUGACCCUGCAUCCAGUGGUGGAAUGAAUGGGUAUCUAUGUCUUUGUAGUGGAGAUCCAUGCCCUCCUAUCUUUAGAUCUCCUGUUAAAGGAAUGGAAGAUAUAAUGGAUAAUCAAGUCAUAUGUUCAAUUUACAAACUUCCAGAUGCACAUAAGCACAUCACCCGGCCACCGGCUGGUGUUAUUAUUCCAAAGAAGAUUGUCACAGCUGGUGACUUGAAGCCACCACCAGUUCUGUGGCAUGAAGAUACUGGCAGGAAGCCAUUUGAAAAUGGAAGGCAAAAUCCACCUGGAUCCAUCUCUGGCAAACAACUAGGAGAUGCUGCACAUCGGCUAGUCAAGAACAGCUUACAAAUAAGUAGGGACCAUUACAGUGGUGAUUCUAGGGCUGCUCCAUUGUCUUACAAUACCAGCACAAAUGGUCUGCCGUAUUCAGGUGGCGGGCACCAUGUUGGGGAUCAGAGAGCAGCAGCAGCAGCUAGGGCAGGCCAUCAGGUUGGUCAUUCACAACAUUACGACCCUAGAAAUGAUUCAGGUGAUGGUCAUGGGCGAUGGUAUGAUUCUACCACAUCGACUCAUUACUAUGAAAGAUCAUUGGGAUCUCAGUAUGAAAGAGAUCAUUACAGUAGUAGGUCAUAUUACGACCCCCAUAGUGGAAGCAGCCACCCUGAUGCCAGAGGCAGAGUUCCAGCUUAUAACUACCCGCAGGGUGGUGGAUAUCCUUAUCCUUCUGCUAAUCGACCGGUACCUCAACACGGACCCUAUGCUCAUACUCAGGCUCCAUACAAUGCUAACUACGGGGGCUACCAUUCCUAUGCAACCCAGCAGUGGGAGGAACAAUAUGGAGAUGAGAGGGCACCACCACCAAGUCAGCACACUACCGGGAGAUCAUUUGGUCACCACCAGCAAACCACCAAUCGGUACACUGCUCUGGAUAGGAGCCUGAACAGCAGGAGGCCACCGCCGCCACCACCGGGGUUUGGCAGACAAUAAUACCCUGCUCUGGGUAGCGGCAAUAACCGCGGUUGCGGAAAUGUUGUACCAUAGCGACAUCCUUCUCGUUCCAGCGAUCAAGUUAUUUGUACUAGCAGCAAGCAGCAAUUUCUUUCCAUUCUGACUGACGAAGACCUCGGUGCCAUUGUAAUUGAGAGGCCACGAUUAGCUAGAUGGCCUUAUAUAUAUAUAUCUUUUCCCGCAAUUAUAAAAUUGUUCAGCUUAUAGGCUGUAUUGUAGACCAAUCAAUCGGAGUUAGUUUGAGGAGGUGGUUUUAAAUCUGUAAGCUCUACCUUUUUAUCUUUUUUUGGAUCAAUUUAAUAUCGUCUAUGAUUCA